GGCUGGCCCGGGUGCGCUUGCUCCACCCCGCGCGGCCCGACCUCUCGGUGGAGCCGCGGUCUUCUGGCUUCCUAAAGCGAUGGAAUCUGGAAGUUUCCUUUGCUUCUCCACUCCUCCACCCCAACCCGCCCCCUUUUUGCUCAUAUUCUAAAUGGUUUAAAAGUUUUUUUCUUCCCCUCGCCUGGAGAGCAACAAUUUAGAGACCCAUGAUUCUUCAGGGCCUGACUGCUUAGAUGCACAUGUGUAACUGAUUCAUUCUUUCAGCAUGUAGUUAUUGAGUACCUACUUUGGGACAGCAACUAUUUUUGAUGCUGAAGAUAUAUAUCAACAAGAGAACAGAGUUCCAUUUUAGUUGCUGUUUGAAAUCAUUUUAGAGAAGAACUUUGAAAGAAAUGUUGGAAACCAUAGAUAAAAAUCGGGCCCUGCAGGCAGCAGAGCGCUUGCAAGCCAAGCUACGAGAACGUGGGGAUGUAGCAAAUGAAGACAAACUCAGCCUUCUAAAGUCAGUCCUGCAGAGCCCACUCUUCAGUCAGAUUCUGAACCUUCAGACUUCUGUACAGCAGCUGAGAGACCAGGUUAGCAUUGCAACUUCAACAACUUCAAGUGUUGAAUAUGCCCACAUUCCUCACCUCAGUUCUGCUACAAUUCCUACCGUACAAAAUGAAUCACUUUUAUUAACUUCGAAUAAUGGGAAUCUGGAAGCCCUCACUGGACCUGGUACUCCACAUAUCAAUGGGAAGUCUGCAUGUGAUGAAUUUGAUCAGUUGAUCAAAAACAUGGCCCAGGGUCGCCAUGUGGAAGUUUUUGAGCUCCUCAAACCUCCAUGUGGAGGCCUUGGGUUUAGUGUUGUGGGACUCAGGAGUGAAAACAGGGGUGAGCUGGGGAUAUUUGUGCAAGAGAUACAAGAGGGCAGUGUGGCUCACAGAGAUGGAAGACUGAAGGAAACUGAUCAGAUCCUUGCUAUCAAUGGACAGGCACUUGAUCAGACCAUCACACAUCAGCAGGCUAUCAGCAUCCUGCAGAAGGCCAAAGAUGCUGUCCAGCUAGUUAUAGCCAGAGGCUCCUUACCUCAGCUUGUCAGCCCCAGAGUUUCCCGUUCUCCAUCUGCAGCCAGUACAAUUUCAGCUCACUCAAAUCCUGUUCAUUGGCAGCAUGUAGAAACAAUUGAACUGGUGAAUGAUGGGUCUGGUUUGGGAUUCGGCAUCAUCGGAGGAAAAGCAACGGGUGUGAUAGUCAAAACCAUUCUGCCUGGAGGAGUAGCUGAUCAGCAUGGGCGAUUAUGCAGUGGAGACCACAUUCUAAAGAUUGGUGAUACAGAUUUGGCAGGAAUGAGCAGUGAGCAAGUAGCACAAGUCCUUAGGCAGUGUGGAAAUAGAGUUAAGUUGAUGAUUGCAAGAGGUGCCAUAGAAGAAACUACAGCACCCACCUCUUUGGGCAUCACCCUCUCCUCUUCCCCAACAUCUGCGCCAGAGAUGCGGGUUGAUGCUUCUACUCAGAAAAAUGAAGAAAGUGAGACAUUUGAUGUGGAACUCACUAAAAAUGUCCAAGGAUUAGGAAUUACCAUUGCUGGUUAUAUUGGAGAUAAAAAAUUAGAACCUUCGGGAAUCUUUGUAAAAAGCAUCACAAAAAGCAGUGCUGUUGAACAUGAUGGAAGAAUUCAAAUUGGAGACCAGAUUAUAGCAGUAGAUGGCACCAACCUCCAGGGUUUCACCAAUCAACAAGCAGUAGAGGUGUUGCGACACACAGGUCAGACUGUGCGCCUGACCCUAAUGAGGAGAGGAACCAAGCAGGAAGGGGAGCUCAUAUCAAGGGAGGAAAUCAUGAAAGAUUCUGACAUGUCUCUCUUUAAUGCCAGUGUUAGUAAAGAAAAUUAUGAAAAAGAUGAAGAUUCUUUAUCUUUGAGGAGAAACACCAGCAUAUUACCAAUUGAAGAAGAAGGGUAUCAGUUGAUAUCAGCUGAGGCACAGGAAACAAAAGAUAUGCAACAAGAAGCUACCCUGCUGACAAAGUGGCAGAGGAUUAUGGGAAUUAACUAUGAAAUAGUGGUGGCCCACGUGAGCAAGUUUAGUGAGAAUAGUGGGUUGGGAAUAAGCCUGGAAGCAACAGUGGGACAUCAUUUUAUCCGAUCAGUUCUACCAGAAGGUCCUGUUGGACACAGUGGGAAACUCUUCAGUGGUGAUGAGCUAUUGGAAGUGAAUGGUAUAACUUUGCUUGGGGAGAAUCACCAAGAUGUGGUCAAUAUUUUAAAAGAAUUGCCUAUAGAAGUGACAAUGGUGUGCUGUCGUCGUACUGUGCCACCCACCUCCCAGUCAGAAUUGGAUAGCCUGGACCUAAGUGAUAUUGAACUAACAGAAAAGCCCCAUGUAGAUCUAGGUGAGCUUAUUGGGUCAUCGGAGACAGAGGAGCCAGUGGUGGCCAUGACUGAUGUGGGUCCUACUCCAGAGGAGGUUCAAGUACCUUUGGCCAUGUGGGAGGCUGGCAUUCAGCACAUAGAGCUGGAGAAAGGGAGCAGAGGCCUUGGUUUUAGCAUUUUAGAUUAUCAGGAUCCAGUUGAUCCAGCAAGCACUGUGAUUGUAAUUCGUUCCUUAGUCCCUGGUGGCAUUGCUGAAAAGGAUGGACGACUUCUUCCUGGAGAUCGCCUCAUGUUUGUCAAUGACAUUAACUUGGAAAACAGCAGUCUUGAAGAAGCUGUGGAAGCACUGAAGGGGGCACCCUCAGGAACUGUCAGAAUAGGAGUGACCAAGCCUUUACCUCUUUCACCUGAAGAAGGUUAUGUUUCUGCUAAGGAGGAUUCUUUUCUGUACCCGCCACAUUCCUGCGAGGAGCAAGGGCUGGCUGACAAAGCCCUCUUCAGGGCUGACUUGGCUCUGGUGGACACACAUGGUGCUGAAUUGGUAGAUGAAUCCACAUUUCAGUCUCAGUACUCUCCUGAUAAUGACAGUGUCUACUCUACCCAAGCCUCUGUUUUAUCUCUUCAUGGCAGUGCUUGCAGUGAUGGUCUGAACUAUGGUUCCUCUCUGCCGUCAUCUCCUCCCAAGGAUAUAACUGAAAAUUCUUCUGAUCCAAUAAUUGAUCUGCAUAUGUCUUUGGAAGAACUAUAUGCCCAGAAUCUCCUCCAAAGACAGGAUGAGAAUUCAUCUUCAGUAGACUUGAGCUUGGGGCCUCCUUCUGGCUUUAACACAAGUGAUUAUACACCUGCAAAUUCUACUGAACAACAAUAUGAAUGUGAAAACACAAUAGCUUGGACUGAAUCUCAUUUACCAAGUGAAGUUAUAUCAAGAACAGAACUUACUUCUCCUGUGCUGUCUGAUUCAACUGGAAAGGGCUCUGAGUACUUAAUUGAACAGAGUUCCCUGGCCUCCAAUGUAGAGUGUAUCAUGCUACAAAAUUCAUCCAAAGAAUCUUUUGAAAGGACUAUUACUAUAGCGAAAGGCAAUUCUAGUCUCGGGAUGACAGUAAGUGCUAAUAAAGAUGGCCUGGGGAUGAUUGUACGAAGCAUUAUUCACGGAGGUGCCAUUAGUCGAGAUGGCCGGAUUGCUGUUGGGGACUGCAUUUUAUCCAUUAAUGAAGAAUCUACCAUCAGUUUAACCAAUGCCCAGGCACGAGCCAUGUUGAGAAGACAUUCUCUCAUUGGGCCUGACAUAAAAUUUUCUGCAGCACCUGCUGACGAUCGAGCCCCCUUUUAUGUAAUUACUUAUGUGCCUGCAGAACAUUUGGAGGAGUUCAGAAUAAGUUUGGGACAACAAUCUGAUGGAGGAAUAAUGGCACUGGAUAUUUUUUCUUCAUACGCUGGCAGAGAAAUUCCAGAACUACCAGAACGAGAAGAAGGAGAGGGAGAGGAGAGUGAACUUCAGAAUGCAGCAUAUAGCAAUUGGAAUCAGCCCAGGCGGGUUGAACUUUGGAGAGAACCAAGCAAAUCCUUGGGUAUCAGCAUUGUUGGUGGACGGGGAAUGGGAAGUCGCCUCAGCAAUGGUGAAGUGAUGAGGGGCAUCUUCAUCAAGCAUGUUCUUGAAGAUAGUCCAGCUGGCAAAAAUGGAACCUUGAAAUCUGGAGACAGAAUAGUGGAGGUGGAUGGAAUGGACCUCAGAGAUGCAAGCCAUGAACAAGCUGUGGAAGCCAUUCGGAAAGCAGGCAAUCCCGUAGUCUUUAUGGUACAGAGCAUUAUAAACAGACCAAGGAAAUCCCUUUUGCCUUCCUUGCCGCACAACCUUUACCCUAAGUACAACUUCAGCAGCACUAACCCAUUUGCUGACUCUCUCCAGUUCAACGCUGACAAGGAAUUACAGAAUUCAAGUAGAGUUAUCUUCCAUUGUUCCCCAACUAACCCUUUUGCUCCCACACCAUUUAAGGCACCCAGUCAGUCAGAGUCAGAGCCAGAGAAGGCUCCAUUGUGUGAGGCUCCUCCACCCUCUCCUUCAGCAUUUGCAGAAAUGGGCAGUGAUUAUGCACAGUCAUCUGAAACCAAAAUCUCAGAAGAUGUGGACAAAGAGGAUGAGUUUGGUUACAGCUGGAAAAAUAUUAGAGAGCGUUAUGGAACCCUAACAGGAGAGCUGCAUAUGAUUGAGCUGGAAAAAGGUCGUAGUGGUUUGGGUCUAAGUCUUGCUGGGAACAAAGACCGAACCAGAAUGAGUGUCUUUAUAGUGGGGAUUGAUCCAAAUGGAGCAGCAGGGAGAGAUGGUCGACUACAGAUUGCAGAUGAACUUCUAGAGAUCAAUGGUCAAAUUUUAUAUGGAAGAAGUCAUCAAAAUGCCUCAUCAAUAAUUAAAUGUGCCCCUUCUAAAGUAAAAAUAAUUUUUAUCAGAAAUAAAGAGGCAGUGAGUCAGAUGGCUGUAUGUCCUGGAAAUACAGUAGAAUCUUUGUCUUCUACCUCAGAGAAUCUUCAAAAUAAGGAGGUGGAACCAAAUGUUGCUAUUUCUGAUACAGUUGUGGACCUCAGUUCAUUUAAAAAUGUGCACCAUCUGGAGCUUCCCAAGGAUCAAGGUGGACUGGGCAUUGCCAUCAGUGAAGAAGAUACGCUCAGUGGAGUCAUCGUGAAGAGUUUAACAGAGCAGGGAGUAGCAGCCAAGGAUGGACGACUCAAAGUUGGAGAUCAGAUCUUGGCUGUAGAUGAUGAAGUUGUUAUUGGCUAUCCAGUUGAAAAGUUUAUUGGCCUUCUGAAGACAGCAAAAACAACAGUAAAACUGACCAUUCAUGCUGAAAAUCCAGAUUUCCAGUCUGUUUCUCCAUCAGCCAGUGCAGCCAAUGGAGAAAAAAAGAACAGUUCUCAAUCUCCUGUCGCCCCACAGACUGGCUCCCCUGAACUGGAACCUGAGUCCAUUCGAAGUACAAGCAGAUCAUCAACACCAGCAAUCUUUGCUUCUGACCCUGCAACCUGCCCCAUUAUCCCUGGUUGUGAAACAACAAUUGAGAUUUCCAAAGGGCGAACAGGGCUGGGUCUGAGCAUCGUUGGAGGUUCUGACACAUUGCUGGGCGCCAUUAUUAUCCAUGAAGUUUAUGAAGAAGGAGCAGCAUGUAAAGAUGGAAGACUCUGGGCUGGAGAUCAGAUUUUAGAGGUGAAUGGCAUUGACUUGAGAAAGGCUACACAUGAUGAAGCAAUCAACGUCCUGAGACAGACGCCGCAGAGAGUGCGCCUGACACUCUACAGAGAUGAGACCCCCUACAAAGAGGAGGACGUGUGUGAUGCCCUCACCAUUGAGCUUCAGAAGAAGCCAGGGAAAGGCCUAGGAUUAAGUAUUGUUGGUAAAAGAAACGAUACUGGAGUAUUUGUGUCAGAUAUUGUCAAAGGAGGCAUCGCAGAUGCUGAUGGAAGACUGAUGCAGGGUGACCAGAUAUUAAUGGUGAAUGGAGAAGAUGUUCGCAAUGCCACCCAGGAAGCUGUAGCUGCAUUGCUAAAGUGUUCCCUAGGCACAGUAACCCUGGAAGUUGGAAGAAUCAAAGCUGGUCCAUUCCAUUCAGAGAGGAGGCCUUCUCAGAGCAGCCAGGUGAGUGAAGGCAGUUUGUCAUCAUUUACUCUUCCCCUUUCUGGAAUAAGUACAUCUGAGUCACUGGAAAGCAGCUCAAAGAAGAAUGCAUUAGCAUCUGAAAUACAGGGAUUAAGAACAGUUGAAAUAAAAAAGGGGCCUACUGACUCACUGGGAAUCAGCAUAGCUGGAGGAGUGGGCAGCCCACUUGGUGAUGUUCCUAUAUUUAUUGCAAUGAUGCACCCAAAUGGAGUUGCAGCUCAGACGCAGAAACUCAGGGUUGGUGAUAGGAUUGUCACCAUCUGUGGCACAUCAACUGAGGGGAUGACUCACACUCAAGCAGUUAACUUACUGAAAAAUGCCCCUGGCUCCAUUGAAAUGCAGGUGGUUGCUGGGGGAGAUGUAAGUGUGGUCACAGGUCAUCAGCCAGAGCCUACAAAUUCUAGUCUGUCUUUCACUGGACUAACAUCAAGCAGCAUAUUUCAGGAUGAUUUAGGACCUCCUCAGUGUAAGUCUAUUACACUAGACCGAGGACCAGAUGGCUUAGGCUUCAGUAUAGUAGGAGGAUAUGGCAGCCCUCAUGGAGACUUACCCAUUUAUGUGAAAACAGUGUUUGCUAAGGGAGCAGCCUCAGAAGAUGGACGUCUUAAAAGGGGUGAUCAAAUCAUUGCUGUCAAUGGGCAGAGCCUAGAAGGGGUAACCCAUGAAGAAGCAGUGGCCAUCCUCAAGCAGACAAAAGGCACUGUCACUUUGAUGGUUCUCUCCUGAAUUGGCUGCCUGAACUGAACCAAUCCAAUCCCUUGCUUACCUCCCACUAUAAGAAUGGAAGUGGUCUGUGGAUAAUUGAUCUUGUGGAUGACUUUUCCUAUAUUGUAUUCAUGGGUUAUCCAAAAUUGUAGGGAAAAAUAACAUUUAAGUUUGUUUUUGUAGUGUGGUUUUAUUGCUGACAUCUAAACAUCAUUUUUUUCUUUCCCCUUGUAUUUUGUGAACCUAAACUCAAAAGAGGAAUAAUAUUUGUGUAUGGAAAUCCAGUUUUUCUUUUAAAAGUAUUCAAAAUUUUGUAGUCACAUGGAUAAAAAUUAUGUAUCAAUCUCAUUAAUAGAUAAUAACAAUUCUAAAUCUAACCAAAAAAAAGUGACUUCAGGAAAUUCACUUUUAGUUUGAAAAGUGAAGAGUUAUAGUAAAUAAGGAAAAUCUUAGGAGAGUUUUUUUUAAAAAAGGACUUAAUUCAGCAAUCUGUCUCUUUUCCCUACCCCAAACUAAGAAAAAAAAUCUAAUACUCUUAGUAUUUAAAAGUUCUGAACAUUAUAAAAUACCAUAUCUCCUCACCUCUAAUGUAAACAUAUAUUUUUGCUGCUUAAAUUGUGUUCUGUGAUUGAGUAAAUAGCAAAUAUAUGGAGCAAUGUUCCUAAGUUUUAUAAAGGAAUCAUAUUUAAAGCACAUCUUGAUGUUCAUUUUCAUUUUUUGACCUGUUAUAAAAUAUUCUCAUGUUGCUGUAAGUAAAGCAAUGAUGUUACCCCACAUUGACUGGUUUUUCUAGAGAACAACAUUCCCAGGCUAAUCAUGGAAGAAUGUAAAAGGGUCCCAGAAUCUUUUAGUGCUGUUUUCAACAACUGAUGCAAUACUGAAAAUGUGUUUAUGCGCUGUGCAGUUGUUUUUCAAUUAGUAUUACUCCUAAUGACAGAGAAAAAAGCAAUGUGUUAGUAAUUAUUUUGGUUGUAUGCCCUUAGUAAAUUGAUAGAAAAAUUAAGGGGAUUAACAUAACUUCAUUUCAUUGCCUUAUAUUAACAUCUUAUAAUACAAUAGUUUUAGACUAAGGGAAACAGAUGGAGCUGUUUAUUGAGACAACUGGCAAGGAAUUAUCAUGUGUUCAUUCCCAUUUUAGAGCGUGAAACUCCUACAUUAGAGUAUAUAAAGUCACUUUAAAUAUUAUAUUUGUAACAGAAGUAGUGUACAGAUAUUUUAUUACAGCAUUCUUGUGUAAACGCAUAAUUAAAGUGAAUAAAUAAGAAGAAAUUUCAGUGGUGCACAAAUAAAAAAGCAAGAAUUUCUGUUUGCUUAC